ACGAGGCGCAGGGCGGUCGCAGGAGCUGGCUGAGCAGCGCAGCCCAGGCCCUCCUGGGAAGAAGUCCGAGCAGGGGCAUCGCGCCGCAGGACGCCGGCUUUCCGGGACAGGAACAAAAGGCCUGGGAAGGAGGCGGGUCAGAUACCAGAAAGGGUGGAGGGCACUGCAAAGGCGGAACCCGCGCACCAGGGAAAACUCGGGCGUUUGCGCACCUCACCAGUCACGACGGCUGAGGUGGGAACCUCCCAAGUUCCCUUAGUAGCCAGCGUCGGCACUUCCGGUAGGAGCCGGAAACAAUUUUUGUGCUCGGCGGAGGCUCUCUAGGCGUGCCACCCAGCGACUCGAUAGCCGGAAGUCAUCCUUACUGAGGCUGGGGCAACCACCGCAGGUCUAGGCAGCAGUCGGCUCAAGUGGACAGCCGGGAUGGCAGAGCGUGCGGCGCUGGAGGAGCUGGUGAAACUUCAGGGAGAGCGCGUGCGAGGCCUCAAGCAGCAGAAGGCCAGCGCCGAGCUGAUCGAGGAGGAGGUGGCAAAACUCCUGAAACUGAAGGCACAGCUGGGUCCUGAUGAAAGCAAACAGAAAUUUGUGCUCAAAACCCCCAAGGAAACACUGACGGGAAAGUAUGGGGAAGACUCCAAGCUUAUCUAUGACCUGAAGGACCAGGGCGGGGAGCUCCUGUCCCUUCGCUAUGACCUCACUGUUCCUUUUGCUCGGUAUUUGGCAAUGAAUAAACUGACCAACAUUAAACGCUACCACAUAGCAAAGGUAUAUCGGCGGGAUAACCCAGCCAUGACCCGUGGCCGAUACCGGGAAUUCUACCAGUGUGAUUUUGACAUUGCUGGGAACUUUGAUCCCAUGAUCCCUGAUGCAGAGUGCCUGAAGAUCAUGUGCGAGAUCCUGAGUUCACUUCAGAUAGGCGACUUCCUGGUCAAGGUAAAUGAUCGACGCAUUCUAGAUGGGAUGUUUGCUAUCUGUGGUGUUUCUGACAGCAAGUUCCGUACCAUCUGCUCCUCAGUAGACAAGCUGGACAAGAUGUCCUGGGAAGAGGUGAAGAAUGAGAUGGUGGGAGAGAAGGGCCUUGCACCCGAGGUGGCUGACCGCAUUGGGGACUAUGUCCAGCAGCAUGGUGGGGUAUCCCUGGUGGAACAGCUGCUCCAGGAUCCUAAACUAUCCCAAAACAAGCAGGCCUUGGAGGGCCUGGGAGACCUGAAGCUGCUGUUUGAGUACCUGACCCUAUUUGGCAUUGAUGACAAAAUCUCCUUUGACCUGAGCCUUGCUCGAGGGCUGGAUUACUACACUGGGGUGAUCUAUGAGGCAGUGCUGCUACAGACCCCAGCCCAGGCAGGGGAAGAGCCCCUGGGUGUGGGCAGUGUGGCUGCUGGAGGACGCUAUGAUGGGCUAGUGGGCAUGUUCGACCCCAAAGGGCGCAAGGUGCCAUGUGUGGGGCUCAGCAUUGGGGUGGAGCGGAUUUUCUCCAUCGUGGAACAGAGACUAGAGGCUUUGGAGGAGAAGGUACGGACCACGGAGACACAGGUGCUUGUGGCAUCUGCACAGAAGAAGCUGCUAGAGGAAAGACUAAAGCUUGUCUCAGAACUGUGGGAUGCUGGGAUCAAGGCUGAGCUGCUGUACAAGAAGAACCCAAAGCUACUGAACCAGUUGCAGUACUGUGAGGAGGCAGGCAUCCCACUGGUGGCUAUCAUCGGCGAGCAGGAACUCAAGGAUGGGGUCAUCAAGCUCCGUUCAGUGACUAGCAGGGAAGAGGUGGAUGUCCGAAGAGAAGACCUUGUGGAGGAAAUCAAAAGGAGAACAGGCCAGCCCCUCUGCAUCUGCUGAACUGAACAAACUAUCAGAGGAAAGGAAGUGGGACUGGCACUAUUUGAGGUUAAGACAAACUGCAUAUGUACUUCAACUGCUUUGCACUUUUCCGUUUCAGCGGAAGACCUGAAGAGUGGUCAGAACAGAGACUUUAAUUUUUAUUAUGGUUAUUUUAUUGAUUAUUACUGGCAAAAACGCCCAGGUACUACACCUUUUUCAUACAAGGCCCAGGAGGCUUAGUCCAGUCUGCUCCUGGGCUACAAGGACCCAGCCUGAGAUGGUCUCAUCUGCAGGGCCUCCGCACCAGUUGGAGCAGAUGCCUCCCCACCACCAAUUGCCAAAGGUCCAAUAAAAUGCCUCAACCAGGGA